CGCUACGCAUGCUGCAGCGUCUGGCGACCUCUAUUCCCAGUUAAACGAGAUCCCAUGGCGGCCUGCGAUUUCCGCACGAUUUCCAAAUCCUGUUUCUUCGACACCCUGUAUCGCAACCCUGCGGAUAAUGAACAAGGAGAAUUCAUGAAUACGAUUCGAAUCAUUCUACCGGAUCGCGAGAGUCCCGAGACCCAAAAAUGGUAUUAUUUUCCCAAUCAAGGACCCGAAGAUGUUCUGAUUUUGAAGCUGGGAGACACGCUUGCUGAUAAGGAUCCAAACGUGGCAGAAGGAGCGCCGCAUGGCAGUCCGAUGAUUCCCGGGACGGAAGGGGUUGAAGAGGCGAGGUGUAGUAUUGAGGUUAGGGUCAUG